UCUCAUGCUUUUCCAUUUUGUCUCACAGAAAAAAUGCUCUGUUUUUCUCACCUUUUACUGAAAAACAGGGACUUCUCUUCGAUCACCCUGUGACAAUGGAUAGGAGGAAGUUAAUAUUCGAGAGACAACAGAGCACGGAGGGCCCUGGGACUCCAGGGACACCGGCGAUGCCGUCGCCGCUUCACCGCCACACGCAGUCAGGAUCGGGCUAUGGGAGCAUGGGGAAUGUGAGGAAAGCGCAAACGAAAGCGGCAGCGCAGAGGCUGGCGGCCGUUAUGGCACACCAGCAAAACGAUGAGGAUGAUGAUGAAGAGGACCAGCUUGAUUAUAAUAACAUUAGUGGCACGGGAGGCAUUGGACUCGUCGGUGGAAGAGCAAUGCGUGCUCGCUCUCCUAGGAUAGAUAACAAAAACAUGGCUCAAAGGCGAGUGCCACAGAUAAGGACACAACAACAACCAGCUGAUGAGGACAAUGAUGAAGAUGAUAUUUUAGUAAGUGGCACGGCAAGCAUAGGGCUUGCUGGUGGAAGGGGAAUGCAGUCACGCUCUCCUAUGCACAAAAACAUGCCACAAAGGCGAGCAAUACCACCAGUGAUGACACAGCAAGGAGCUGAUGAGGAAAAUGAUGAGGAUGGGCUUUUAGUCAGUGGCACAGCAAGCAUAGGUCUCGCUGGUGGAAGGGCAUUGCACUCACGCUCUCCUGCAAAGAUAAACAUACCUCAAAGGCGAGCACCACAGGUAAUGAUUCAACAGCCAGCUGAUGAGGACAAUGAUGAGGAUGACGUUUUAGUGAGUGGCACGGCAAGCAUAGGGCUCGCUGGUGGAAGGGCAAUGCAGUCACGCUCUCCUGCGACCAAAAGCAUAGCUCAGAAGUGUCUGCCACAAGUUACUACACGACAACCAUCUGACAAGGACAAUGACGAGGAUGACCUAUUAGUUAGUGGGAGAGCAAGCAUAGGGCUUGCUCGUGGUAGGGCAAUGCAGUCACGCCCUUCUAUGGCCAAAACCAUGGCUCAAAGGCCAGUGCAACAUGUAGCACAACAACCAGGUGAUGAGGACAAUGAUGAGGAUGACCUGGCAAAUAAUAGUCCUUCAGUGAGUGGCACACCAAGCAUUGGGCUUGCUAGUGGAAGAGCAAGACUGCCAUCUUCUCCCUUGUCAGUUCAUACCAAUCAGGAUCAACCACCAUCUACCCGUUCCACACCAGGAACUCGAACCUCUCUAUCUGUCGACUCUAUGGAGCAGCCAUCAUCAGCCCAUUUAAGUGGCCAACCAUCACACUCUGUCAACUCUGUUGAGCAAUCCAUGUCACCUUAUUCCACUCCAGCUGGACGACCAUCUCUGCAGAGUUCUAUAGAGCAGCCUUUGUCCACUCAAGCUUCAACUGCUGGCCAAUCACCUCCAUUAACCAGUUAUAUAGAACAACCUUUAUCUGCUCGUUCCACAGCAUCAGGUUGCCAACAUUUAGGAGUCAAGACAGUUCCGGUGGUACCUUCUAUUGUGACUAUGUCCCUGAAGCCAACCUCAUCUGUUAGUACAACAGAGGCUUCAACUGAUAGUCAGAGAGAUAAAAGAUUGUUAGCAGAUUUUGGGAAUAUGAGCAGCUUAAAAGAAAGGGGACGUCAGCAGUCCACUUCUGCUCUACAAGAUGAGCUUGAUAUGCUACAGGAUGAAAAUGAAAGUUUACUUGAAAAGCUUCAACUUUCAGAGGAAAGGUGUGAGGAAGCGGAAGCGAGAGCUCGGCAGCUUGAGAAACAGAUUGCUAAUCUUGGAGAGGGUGUAACUCUAGAAGCACGUCUUUUAAGCAGAAAGCAGGCAGCCCUGCAGGAACGGGAGGCCGCUUUAAGAGUUGCAGCACAAACUCAGGGCGGUAAACCUGAAGAGAUUUCUGCUCUUCGGACAGAGGCUGAGACUGCCAGAGAUGAAGCAAUGUCUGCCUUAGAGAAGCUCCAGGAAGCGGAGUGUGAAAUCAAAUCUUUGCAAACAGUAACUCAAAGGAUGAUGCUAACCGAGGAAGAGAUGGAAGAGGUUGUUUUAAAGAGGUGCUGGCUUGCUCGUUAUUGGAGUUUAUGUGUGCAACAUGGUAUUCAGGCAGAGAUAGCUGGGGCAAAACAUGAAUAUUGGUCAUCAUUUGCCCCUCUUCCUCUUGAAAUUGUAUUAGCUGCUGGACAAAGAGCCAAGGAAGGGGACUUUUCAUCCAACAAUGAUUUAGAAGAAAGAGAAAAGGUCCUGCAAGACUUUAGUGAACUAUCUGGAGAGAGGAAUGUUGAAAGCAUGCUUUUAGUCGAGAAAGGUCUGAGGGAACUGGCUUUAUUAAAGGUAGAGGAUGCAGUUGCAUUUGCUAUGGCUCAACAUCGACUCCAGAAUUCACUAAAAACUGAUGAGGUGAAACUACCAACUGAGGGUCAAUUUGAGGCAUUUGAAUUGAGCCAAGAAGAGUCUGAAGAUGUGCGUUUUAAGCAGGCUUGGCUUACAUAUUUCUGGAGGAGGGCAAUGAACCAUGGAGUGGAACCUGACAUUGCAGAUGAACGUUUGCAGUUCUGGAUCAACCACAGUUCACGUUCCUCCACUUCUCAUGACGCAGUUGACGUUGAGCGUGGCCUCAUGGAGCUGAGGAAGUUAGGCCUCGAGUCACAGUUGUGGAAAAAAUCUCGAGAAGCGCUCGAGUUAGGCUCCACCACCAAGUUGCACAUCGAGUCAGAUUUCUGAUGGAUGGGAAGUUCCCAUAAAUUGCUGGAAUUACUUCUUCAUUAUUCAUUGUAGGGAUCACAUGGCAGAUAAACCUUGCUUGGAGAGGCAUUGUCUAGGGCAAUAUGUUGACCAAACAUCAUUGUUUAACUCACUGAAGCAUUACUGCUGCAAAAAUUUUGUAACAUUUGCUCUGAUCUCUUGCCUUCAAAAAAACAAAAUGUAAGACUCAAAAGAAGAUU